AUGACAGUGCAACAGAUUAACUCGAAUAUUUCUGACGACUCAGAUGAUAUGGUUAGCUUACCAUCAGAAGAUGAAAUUUACAGACGAAAAUAUCAAUUAUUGUUAGAACGAUGUGAAGUAUUGCAACAGGAUAACGAAAGAAUUGUGAAUAGGAUACAUGAAGUGAAAAGAAUUACUAAGCGGUACAGGAAAGAUAUAAAACUAUUAAUCGAGCGACUGGAUAAACAUGGCGAUCAGUUCAGAACAUCAUCCGUUGAAGUGGAUUCAAAGCCUGAGAUGACACCGAGAGUUGCUCGUCCAGUCCCGAAGACGCAUCAGGUGACACGAAAUGUUGAAAAACAAAAUCCCAAUGGAGGCAAGAAACCAGCUACCAAAAGAAAAAGUAAAGCUGACAAGCCAGAAAGAGACCCAAAUGCCCCAAAAAAGCCAUGCAAUGCUUUCUUCCAAUUUUGCCAAGAACAGAGACCUUUAGUUGUAGCUGAAACUACGUCAGAAAUGGGUACAGAACCUUCCAAACAAGAAGUGACCAGACAAUUAGCAUCAAGGUGGCGAGCUCUAACAAAUGAUGAUAAAAGAGUGUAUGUGGCUAUGUUUGAGAGAUCAAAAGAAAAGUAUGCAGAGGAAAUGUCAGCAUAUAUAAAAAAGGAGCAA